GAAGUUUUACUGUAGCUUUAGACAAAAAGUAAACAAAAAUAAAUUUAGAAAAAAACAUCGAAGAAAAAUGUCACUAUUCUGUCGAUUGUGUUUUGACAGAACGACAGAAUACUUUACAAUUGAUGUAAAUUUUCGAGGAAAAAUUCUGAAAUAUCUAAAUUUGCAACUCAGUGAUAAUGCACUAAUUUGCAAAACAUGUACAGAGAAAAUAGAUGCAUUUGAUCAGUUUUAUGAAUUGAUUCAUAAAUCUCAAGAAAAUUUCUACAAACAACAAACGUUAGCACAAGUAGAAGCACAACAGAAUAAUGAAAUCAGAUAUAUUAUUGUUUUAAAGGAUAACAAAUCACAAUUAAAGUUAAAUGAAGCUUCUAGUGGUGAUUCCAAUUCAAUUGAAUCAGGCAAAGAAAAGAUAGCUCAGGAAACAGUAAAUCCAAUAUUCUCUCAAAAUUUUCAUUGCAAAGUUGUUGAAUUAGCGGAAGAAAAAUUACAGGAAACAAAUCAAAGUCAAUCAGAUGAAGAAAUUGAAAAAGCAUCAGUAGAACGUGAGUUGAAUUGUAAUCUUGACAAGUUUCCAAAAGAAAUGAUUAAGAACGGAAGACUCGUCGUAAAAGGAAAAGCUCUUGUGCAACUAGUAACAAAAUUCUAUCGAUUGGAAUGCAGUUUAUGUGAACCAUCAAUCAAGUUUCGCAAAUACACAACUAUGAUGAGCCAUUUUAAAAGCGUUCACUCUGAAAAAGGAUUCGUAACUUGUUGUGAUACUAAAAUUUCAAAGUUAAAACAGGUUGCUUUGCACAUGGCACGUCACGUUCAGCCAAAUGCUUUUCGAUGUCAUUUAUGCAACAAACUACUCACAUGUCCAAAGAUUCUUCAAUAUCACAUUCAAAAUCAUCUGCCAGAAGGUGAACGUAAUUUAAAAUGUCCUGAACCCAACUGCAAUCGUGCUUUCUCCUAUCAGAGUGCACUUUCUAGUCAUGUCAUUUCCCAUUUACCGGAAGAAAAGAAAACUUUGUUCUGUUGUGAAACUUGUGGAAAACGUUUUGGAGCUUCCACUCGAUUAACUGCUCACAUCAAUUCAGUUCAUAAAAAACUACGAAGAAAAACAAUUUUCAGAAAAGAACAUAAAUGUGACACGUGUUUGAAGAACUUUGCUAGCAAAAGUAAUCUUUCGUAUCAUUUGACGACGCACAAAGAUUUUGAGUUUCAGACACAAUGCACGAUAUGUCAGAAGUGGCUAAAGAAUAAACAUUGUUUGAGGAAACACAUGUCAAUCCAUAGUGAGACUCGAUUUUUUUGUGAUAAAUGCGAUUAUUCAGCUGUUAAUAGGCAGUGCUUCAUAAGUCAUAAAAGAGUUAAACAUAGUGACUUGAAACCAUUUAUUUGCGAGAUUUGCGAGAAAGCUUUCAAACUGAAGAACACACUCACUAAUCACGUCAAUGCACAACAUUCUGGUCUGCGAAAAUAUUCAUGUGAAUUUUGUUUUAAAACUUUUGUCAGCAGUGGAAAUUAUUAUUCACAUCGAAAGCGAAUGCAUCCACAAGAAUUGUCGAGGAAACUUCGUGAGAAAGAAAUAAAAGAAAAUCAGAAAAGGCUUGAAAUUCAGCACAAGAAAGUUCUCAGAAAGAGUUAAAUCUCGUUUUAAUUAUGCAUGAAGAAAUCUCAUUCGAUAUUAACUUUAAAAUGUUUUUUUCAACUCCUACGUACCUAACUAAUGAAUAAAUGAUUAAUUUAUGAAUUGUGAAAGAA